CUUCCUGGAAGAUUGACAGCCCCUGGUUCAGUAACGGAAUCGAGAGCUUCCGUUGUUGAGCGAAGCCUGCGUUAAAAAAAGAAAUAAUUCCCUGCUUUGAAAGUGUCCACGAAGAACGCCCACUCUGGAUUUUACACGGACCUACAGGGUAUGAACGUGGAGUGGACGCUUCAAACAAAGUGUAAGAGGAGGUAGACCUGUACGUUUGAUGGCUGCUGGGGAUGGAGCCCAGCUGCCUGCCACAGUAGCGGCCAGUCGUAGCGUGGAAAAAGCGCUCGAGGAGGCUGCCACGAGCGGGGCUCUCAACUUGUCAAACCGUAAACUGAAGGAGUUUCCUCGGAGCGCCAAGAACUAUGACCUGUCCGACAUAACACACGCAGAUCUGUCAAAGAACCGCCUGUGUGAGCUGCCAGAGGAGCUGUGUCAGUUCAUCUCCCUGGAGACACUGAGCCUGUACCACAAUGGGAUGCGGUCCCUGUCCUCCAGCCUCAGCAACCUGCAGGCUCUCACCUACCUCAACCUCAGUCGUAAUCUCCUGUCCAGUUUACAGCCUUCGGUCUUUCAGCUCCCCCUCCUUCGAGUGCUCAUCAUCAGUAACAACAAGCUGUCUUCACUGCCCGCCUCCAUAUACUCCCUCACACAACUCAGACAGCUGGAUGUAAGCUGUAAUGAACUUCAGCGUCUGCCAGCAGAGCUCGGGCAGUUGGAGUGUUUGAGAGACUUGAACCUAAGAAGGAACCGGCUCACCACGUUGCCUGAAGAAAUAUCCGAGCUGCCCCUCGUUAGGCUCGAUGUCUCCUGCAACCGAGUUUCCCAUCUGCCUUUGUGCUACCGUCACCUCAGGCAUCUGCAAAGCAUCUCACUGGAUAGCAAUCCACUGCAGAUGCCACCAGCGCAGAUCUGCUCCAAGGGCAAAUACCACAUCUUCAAGUACCUCAACAUGGAGGCCUGUAAGAGGAGCCAAGAAGAGCUGGAGAAACACCUGAGACCCACUGGAUUUAACAGCUGUCUGUCAGACCAGGAACUGUUUCCAGGUCAGUUAGGAGGGCUCGACUCUGGCUUCAACAGCGUUGACAGCGGCAGCAAACGAUGGUCUGGGAACGAGUCUGCUGACGACUUCUCAGAGCGCUCCCUCCGCAUGGCUGAGGUCAACAGAGACCAAAGUAACCUGGCGGAGGAAGAAGAGGAAUCCAACAGAGUGAAUGGAAAUGCGGAGCAGGUUGACUUCAUUGACAGCAGUGUGACAGAGGAAGAGGACGACAUCAGGACCAAUACAUCCACGCCUCCUUCGGAUCAGAAGGACAGAUCGUCACCGUUGCAAUCCCAGGAGUCAACAACAUCCAGAUCUAGCCUCCACAUCGAGCUGGGCUCUUCAUCUUCAGCCUCCUCGUCUCCUCUGUCCCCCUCCAGCCCCUCCCUAGAGGAGCGAAGGAGACCUGGUACCUUGUUUAUCUGGCAGGAGAGAGAACGGCUUCAGCAGCAGCAAAAGGAGAAAGCAAGUUCGCUGAAGUUCUCCACCAAAACAGGAAGUCAUGUGGCCACUGCACAGCAGAUGGGAAGUAGUUCAUGUGGUACAUCACCAGAAAGCAGCAAAGCAGAGAAUGGCACAUCUGGCCUGCGACACAGAUGUGCAAGCGCUGACCAAAUGAGCACAGGCGCUCCUUCAGUCUCUCUGCAGCGAUCGAGCAGCAAGACAGAUUUCCCGUCCUCCCCCAAGACGUCCCCUCCUCCUGGUCAGGCCCAGAAACCCAGCAGCUUCCUGUUUCGGACGUCCUCUCACAGCAGCGUCAAACCCACAGGGGCCAUCUUUUCUCUUGGGGAGUCUGGCAGAAGCGAGUCUCGCACAACGCUGCGCUUGCCUAAAGAGGAAAGACCGGACAUCACUCAGCUACGCAAGACUCUAGAGUCCCGGCUGAAGAUCACUCUACCAGAGGAUAUGGGUGAAGCUCUGGCCAAUGGCACCAUCCUCUGCCAGCUGGUGAAUCACAUCCGCCCACGCUCUGUGUCCAUCAUCCACAUUCCUUCCCCAGCGGUGCCCAAACUGAGCCUGGCAAAGUGUCGACUCAACGUGGAAAACUUUGUCGCCGCCUGUCGCCGGCUGGGAGUCCCCGAGACUGAAGUGUGUGUGUGCUCUGAUGUGCUUCUGUGUAAGCUGCCCAAUGUGCUGCGCUGUGUGACAGCCCUGCUGGCCGUGGAGGGGGAGGAGAAGGACCGGCCCCGCCUCCACUCCUCGCCUGAGGCUUCGUCGUCCUCCACCUCGCUGCUGUCCGCAGACUUCUUGCUCUUCUACUGUGCAGUCAUGGCGCUGCUCUACGUCCUCUACUGCUACCUGCUCCCUUAAAGCAACGACAUGUGACACGGAGUACGUUCGCCAUAGCAACAGGCUGUUAGCAUAGAAAGCAAACGGUGCUCGUGUUGUAAGACCUGUAAGUGUGCUGCUUUGUACUGGUGACUGAACAGAAGCGCUCCGUGAUGAUUGUCUGUGUCACAGCUGCCUGCACCAUCACCAACCAUCUCCUGGAAGUUCAUUUAAACCUGGGUCGCUCCAUUAGUGACAAGUGAAAGGUAACUGCUAUCUGUCCUGAUGACACUGGUUAUACUGGUGGAAGUCUGAGGGAAACGGAGCCCAGCUGUUCUGUGUAUUUGAAAUCUCAGGUUAACCAAGUGUCUCAUUAGACAUGCAGGAGGAUGUUCCAGCUCACAGAGAGAAGCUGUGACCAAGUCUCACUGUGUGUAUUUGUGUUGUUGGGCUCGAUGCUUUGCAUGAUUCACAGUUCCUGAUGUUUCCUACGCUGGCCCUUGCUGCAGCCCUCUCCCCUCCAGAUAAUCCUCGCUCUUAGCCAGUCUGUCUGAUUAGCUGUACCUGACAGGUGGGCGGGGCCUCUAUGCCUGACACACCCAUCUAAGGGAUCUCUGCUUUUGCUGACCUCGUGAGGAGCUCAUAGAGAGCAUCUGCACCUCAUUAUUUAAUACAAGAAUACACAAAAUAAAGGAUAAUGUUUCCGUCUUAAGCGCUCAUGUUGUGAUGUUUCCUGAUGUGAGCGAGUGAAACAUGCCUGCGCUUCAGCAGGGGGCGCCGUUACUGCCUCAGACCUGAGGUUCAAACCCCUCCAGGACGCUCUCUGUGUCAGCUCCAUUACUGUCAAUGGUCUGUUUGACCAAUCACGGUUAACCCGGACUCUAACCUGUCUGUAUAAAUGUAAACAGGUCAUUAAAUUAUUGCUUUAUUUAUUUUGUUUUAUGUUUGGUUGUCUCGGUGAAACAAGUCCAACAUCUUAGUGGUUUUAAAACUUUGUGAGAUUAGUGUGCGCACUUUAAGUCACUAGCAGGUCAAUUAGAUGUAUCCAGGUAAAAUAACCCUGUUACAAAGUUUCCUUUGGAGAUUCACAGAUGUGAUUGGCUCAGCGUGGAAACUUUGCUGUUUCUACUCAGGUCCAGUGUGUGCAACCAACAUGACACACUCGUUACUGCAGCUGUUUAACCCGCAGGACGAGACAUUUGGGAGAUUCAGGCUACAUUCAGUGUUUGAGCAAAUAUUCAAACAUCUGAAACUCUGAGUGUAAGCGAUAGGAUUUCACUGGGAGAAAUAGGAAAUGAAAACGGUUUCCUUUUAGCUUCAUACAUGUCGUCACUUCAACUUCCUUAAAAAAGUUGCUGUGCUUCCUUUCAUGUGAUGAGCCCUGAUUAAAAGUCCCUCUGUGUAACUCUGGGCUUUCUUUAUGUGCUGACUUUAUUAUUUCUAUAACUUUCUGUUUGGCUUUACAGCAGUGUCCUUGCUAAGUGAGUGAGUGUGCACAUCACCACAGCCUGGUGUUGAUCUCACCUCAGACCUUCUCGUCUUCCACUUUAAGGAACUCUGAGGAGCCGGUUUAGCCCGUCAGCGUGGUGUAAACUUCCUGUGAUGUCACUCUGCUGAGACACAGUUUGUUGUUUAUUCAUGAUGAGUUUGGCACUGCUGUUAGACGUAACAGCAACUGAAUCAGCCCGCUGACUAAAAUGGGACAUUAUUCAUGUAAAAACCAUUGAUUUAAAGACGAUGGCUCUUUUUACAAACGAUUCAUUUCCAUCACUGUUGUUGUUGUGGGACUAAAACUAGACGCUGCAGUCUGGCUUUUGGCUUCAGGGCCACUUUACCUAAAGGCUGCUUCAGUCUAUCAGCUGUAUGUUGUGGGCCAGCUGAUUGGAUCAGUUUAUAUAAAUGGCACCAAAUAUGAAGCGACAGUAGCUGCCUCGAGCCUUUAAUCUGACGAGAUGAGAGAGCAGCACGGCUCAGAGCGGCGAGCAGCGCCUUCCUGUUACACGUGUCUAUUGUUUCAUAUGAACUUUGGUUAUCCCAGACUUACAUGGGUCCACCUGUAAUUCUCUAUGUAAAUAGAUUAUGGGCUCAUUUACAUGUAACACACUGCAUUCAUCAUUAUUAUUUAAUGUGAAGCACUCGGUACCUGAAUCAGAAGCUAUUGUAAAUUUAGUUGUGUAACAAACGUCUAAACAAACAGUAAGUGUGCACAUUUGUGUGUGAGCACUUACUUCUGUGCUGUAACUGUGCUGCUUGGCAGGAGCCGCUGUUUCCCCUUAAAUGUGCCACAUUUGUGAGGAAAUAACAGGACAAACUUGCCAGACCUUCUCUGCUGAUGCCAAACAGCUUAUUCUGCUUGUUGGAUUGAAACACGACUCAUCGGCCUGUGGAAGAACCGUACGCAGGUACAGCAGCCUGGGUUCAUGCAGGUCACACACUGCGGUUGGACGGCCUCUGACCAGCAUGUGUCACAAGUCAACUGGUGUGAUUGUGUUGGUUAGUCUGGGACAAACAGGCUGAUCCUAGGAGUGUUUGAUGGGACUGAGGUCAGCACUGUGGCUAGGCUAUUCCAACCUCACCGUCCCCAAACUCUGAACAGAGCACCUUUGGCGCAUCUCCCACCAAAGGUGCUUUCUUACCUCAUCAGGUAAGAGUCCCGUUAUGUCACCUCCACACUUUGACCUGUUCAGGCUCCAGUCAGCACCUGACUGUCAGCACCACAUGGUCAGCGUAAGAGUGUCAGAAUAGGCUGCUUGGUGCUGACAGAGAAGCUGUGGCAGGUUUUCAUGGUGAAGGACGCGCUGUGUGAGAACAGACGCCUCGUUGCAACAAACAGCGUUUCCUUACUUUCUGUUUAAAGCUUAUUUAACAAUUCUCACUUUCUGGAGUUCCUGUUUCAACAGGUUCUUCUGAAGGAAAUUUUAUUGUAUUUAUUGUUUUAUGGUGUUUAAAUUUCUAUUUUUGUAGUGGUUACAGACCAAUGACCGAGCAAAAUCAAGGACACAAGUGUUUAUUUCAGUUUAGACAUGAUAUAUGGAGUAGGUGCAAGUGAUAGUUGUAGAAGCUGAGCUCCAUUCAUGAUGGCGAUGUUGGCUCUGCUCCGCCCCCUCAGUGUGAGUGCAGUGGGAUUGAUUGGCUCUGGUGUGAGGACGCUGUUUUAUACUGAUUUAGAUUUUUGUCCAUUGUAAAACCAAAAUAACUGCUUCUUAUAUCUGACAGUUUUAUGAGCACUCUGCUGUUGUUUCAGCUCAGAUGUAUAUUUUUGUAGGUCAAACUGGACGAACACUAACUGAUAAAAUCCACAAUGAUGCAGACAUAUUCUUUAAUGUUAGUCCAAAUGCAUUUGUAUUGUAUAUUUCUACACCUUUUACUAACGAGGAUGAUUUUUGACUCUUUGUCUGUUGUAAUUAAAUGAUUUCAAAAGAA